AUGGCGUCGUCGUCGCGCAACAAGAAGCGCAAGGCCUCCGCGGACCCACACGACGAGCUCCGCGACAUGGAUCGCGCGCUCUACGCCACCUUUCGAAGCGCGGCGAACGCCCUCGGCUCGCUGUACACCUCGAGCGUGCACGCGCAGAAGCGCGCGUUCAACGCGGGCGCGCGGCACACGACGCGGAAGCUCAUGGAGUGGGCGGUCGCGAUGCGCGACGGCGGCGAGGGGAGCGUCGACCUGAACGAGUUCGCCGCGGCGCUGCGCGCGGAGCUCGUCGUUCUCGAGGGCGAGGAUGACGCGAUGCGCGACCACGAGGACCUGGGCGGGGCGAGCACGGCGAAUCCCGGCGCGGUCGCGGGCGUCGUCGCGAGGGACGGCGGCGCGACCGCGGGCGUCGCGACGAGGGGGAGCAAACAUCAUCUCGCGACGCUGGAGUUCAACAACCUCGCGCAGCAGGCGGCGACGAACGCGAAGCACGCGGCGAUGCUCGGCCAGGCGUUCACGACGCACCAGCCGCGUCUGCGGAGCCCCGCGUCUGCGGCGCCGCGAAAGCCGUCGGCGUUCGGCGAGGACGACGCGUCGGACGGCGGCGGCGGGGGAAUGGAGGACUGA